UUCUUUCCUGACCCCGCCCAACUGCUGACGGUUAGGACGUAACACGUCAAAUGUUAUGGAAGAUGUCAGGAACAAUGUUAACGGCGUCUAAAUCAAAAAUAUUAAACAUCAUGAGAGCGUGCAGUCUUCUGAGAAACGUCAACGCGGGUGAAGUGAAAUUCCGACCAUCACUACAAGCUAGUCAUGCAGCUGGGAUUCGGACCUUCAGCAAUGCUUCCCUGCAGGAGAAGACAGGAGUCUCGGGACAGUCCGAAGACAAAGUUUACCUCACAGAGUCCUGUGUAAAGAGGUUGGCAGAAAUAAUGACGAAGGGCCAAUACCUGAGGAUACAUGUGGAGGGAGGAGGCUGCUCUGGAUUCCAGUACAAGUUUUCUGUUGACGAUAACAAGAAUGAAGAUGACAGGGUCUUCGAGCAGGGAGGGGUGGGUGUGGUUGUGGACCAGGACAGUCUGGAGUUCCUGAAAGGAGCCACCGUGGACUUCAGUCAGGAGCUGAUCCGCUCCACCUUCCAGGUGCUGAAGAACCCUCAGGCUGACCACGGCUGCUCCUGUGGAAGCUCCUUCUCUGUCAAACUAUGACGCUCGGAUCUCUUCUGUUUGACUCGUCAGUUCAAAAAUGGACACAGAAAUAAGCAUUAAGAAGAAGAAAAAAGAUAACCAGAAAAACGUAUUUGCCAUGUCGAUGCACUAAAACACAUCGUUCAGUUGUGACAGAAAUAAAUUACCAAUGAUGCUCUUUUUAAGUUUAAGGUAAUAUCUAUCUAAAGAAAAGAUUAUUACAUUUCCAGAGUUUUCUCUUGACAAAUGUCCUCGUUUUUUCCUCUUUUCUUGUGUUUUAUCAUAUAAAAUAACAGAUGUAUUUAUGAAUCAGUGAACUUUUAUGUGAUGCAGUUAAGAAAUAAAAAAAAAUGUUCCCUGAAUUUUGACAAAACCUGGUCCUAUGAAACAGAGGCUCACUUUAGGUAUGUUAACUAUUUAUAGUUCAGAUAUUAUUUUAUCUCAAAUAUGUAAAUAAACUAUAUGUAUGUCUGUAGACAUUAAAUUAUUUGUUUCUUUCUGAAUAAAUAAAGAAAAUAAAUGUG